CGAGGAAGAGGAAGAUGCUGUGGGACACCCAGGCAGGCCCUGAGUUGAGGAUGGAGAGCACGGAGGACAAAUCCCCCCAGCAGAACCCGGUGGGAGAGGCCGUUUUGAACGGCUCCAGGGCACAGGAAGGCAGCGGGGAGGAAAAGUCCCGGACAUUCCCCAGGAGGAGGGACUCCAAAGCCAGCCCAGGGUGUUUCGAGGAGGAAAGACUCAGCCUGUGCUGGGAAGACAGCCAGAGCUUGAGCCAGAGCUCUGACCUGGUGGUCCCUGAGCAGUUUCACACUCAGGAAAAGCCUUACAAGUGCUUGGAAUGUGGGAAGAGCUUCAGAUGGAACUCCCACCUCCUCACCCACCAGCGCAUCCACACUGGGGAACGGCCCUACACGUGUGGGGAAUGUGGGAAGAGCUUCAGGCACAGCUCCCACCUCAUCACCCAUCAGAAUUUCCACAGCGGGGAACGGCCCUACAUAUGUGGGGAAUGUGGGAGAAGCUUCAGCCGGAACUCUGACCUGAUCUGCCACCAGAAGAUCCACGCUGGGGAACGGCCCUACAAGUGCUUGGAAUGUGGGAAGAGCUUCAGCAAGAGCACUGCCCUCCUCACCCACCAGCACCUGCACACAGGGGAACAGCCCUACACAUGUGGGGAGUGUGGGAAGAGCUUCAGCCAGAGCUCCAACCUCAUCACCCACCAGCGUGUCCACACGGGGGAAAGGCCCUACACGUGUGGGGAAUGUGGGAAAAGCUUCAGCCAGAGCUCCAGCCUGACCUGCCACCAAAAGAUCCACACUGGAGAACGGCCCUACAAGUGCUUAGAAUGUGGGAAAAGCUUCAGCAAGAGCUCCCACCUGAUUCGCCACCAGCAGAUCCACACAGGGGAACGGCCCUACAAGUGCUUGAAGUGUGGGAAGAGCUUCAACGUCAGCUCCAACCUGAUCCGCCACCAGCAGAUCCACAGCGGGCAACAGUCCUAAAAGUGUGGGGGGUGUAGGACAACCUUCAGUGGCAGCUGCACCUUCCUCACCCACCAGCAGUGCAUCCCCACCAAGGAGAGGCCCUACACAUGUGGGGAGCACGGGAGGAGCUUCGUCCACUGCUCCAACUCCAUCACCCAUCGGAGGACCCUUGUUAGGAAGAGACCUGGUGACCCACGUUCUGGGUGAUCCAUGUUGGGCACAGCCCUAGUGAUCCGUGUUCCCAGUGAGCCGUGCUGGGCAGUGUAUUGGGUUUUGGUAGCAGGGGGGACUCCAGGGGUGGGUUCUGUGAGCAGCUUCCAGAAGCUUCCCUGAUGUCUGGCAUCUGUUCCAACCCGUCCUGAAGGUGAGGGUGACCCAGGUUCUCAUUUAUCCAUCCCUUGGGGCAGAUCAGAGUGAAAGGACAGCAAAUGAUGGCUGUUUAUAAAUAUGUAUGUGUAGGGUUUAUUUUAGAACAGUUUGGUUGCCAUGUAAAGCAGGUUUGGAGCCAUUUUGGUUCUUAUUUCUAGUAAUAAAAAAGCAUAAAAGAAACACUUAGGAAAAUUUAUAAGGGAAAAGAAAGAAUCAGAGUAGAAAAAUACAGAGUCACAACCCGAGGAUCCAGCAUAGACUUGGUUGUUGCAAUUCCCAUGUCCCUUGGUCCAAGUGAUGAUCACGGUCUUGAUCCAUCAGGGGUUUUCAGUUUCAGGGAAAGUUUUUCAAUGCCAAAUGUUUACUCUUUAAAUCCAGGACUGAGAGCAGUUAAUUCUGCUUUCUGAGCAGAGACAGUCGUUGGUAAGGCUGUGAUUCGAUUCCCUUGGUGGUGGUGGUCACUGCUCAGCCUGUCACUCGUUUUCCCUCCCAAACAAAGCUGCUUCCACUGGGUACAAUUCCCAGUCAGGGGUUUUGGCUGGAAUGGGCUCUUCGGUGAUCUGCUAGAAACUGUGCAAACACUCCCAGAGCAACAUUCUGCCUCUCACAGAUAAACAGUUCAAAAGGUUUUGAGAGAUCUGGCAGACCCAGAGCUGGGCCUCUCAUCAGGGGGUGCUUUGGCUGCUCAAAGGCUGCUCUUGCACCAUCUGCCCAGGUGAGGAAAUUCUUAUAGGGCUGUUUUUAAAAGUUCAUAUAAUGGUCUUACCACAAGUCCAUAGUGAGCAAUCUAGAGUGGACACCAUCCUGCCACUCCAGGAAGGCAGUUCAUGAACUGUUUUGUGGCUCAGGGAGGAGACAGGUGGCUUCUUUUCUUCCUUCCCGGUUUCUGUAUUUUUUCAUUCAAAAGUAAAGAUUUCUUGACUUUC